GCGGCGGCGGCGGCGGCGGCUACUGGGGAUUCUCCGGGUGAGGGAGCGCGCGCGGCGGCCCUGGAGCAGGUGACUGUUUCACCUAGUUUGUGAACUCAAAUUACAUUGACUCUAAAUGUUACCAAAGUGUUAAAAGACUGCUUGGUCAUGAGUACAGACAGUAACUCAUUGGCACGUGAAUUUCUAACCGACGUCAACCGGCUUUGCAAUGCAGUGGUCCAGAGGGCAGAGGCCAGGGAGGAGGAGGAAGAGGAGACACACAUGGCAACCCUUGGGCAGUAUCUUGUCCAUGGGCGAGGAUUUCUGUUACUUACCAAGCUAAAUUCUCUCAUUGAUCAGGCAUUGACGUGCCGAGAAGAACUCCUGACUCUGCUUCUGUCGCUGCUUCCCCUGGUGUGGAAGAUCCCUGUUCAGGAGCAGCAGGCAGCAGAUUUUAAUUUGCCAUCAUCAUCUGAUAUAAUCCUGACCAAAGAAAAGAACUCAAGUUCGCAUAGAUCUACUCAGGAAAAAUUAUGUUUAGAAGGAAGUGCCCCUCCUGGUCAGGUUUCUACAAAAGUAAAUUCUUUUCGAAAAAGCAAACGACAUCGUAAAAGUACUCAUCGCUAUUCUAUAAGAGAGGCUCGAAAGACACAGCUCUCCACCUCCGACUCAGAGGGCAACUCAGAUGAGAAAAGCAUAGCAGUGAGCAAGCACAGAAGGCUCCAUGUGCUGCAGCGUUUCAUAACCCAGUCUCCUGAAGACCACCUUUCAGCUAAACUCAACUCCUCUGCAACCAAAGAGCAGGUGUCUCCUGACACCAUGGCUUUGAAAACCUCCACAGAGACUAUUCCGAGGCAGGAGUCAAACGCAGACAUUUUAAGUGAGCCAGCUGCCUUGUCUAUUCUCAGUAACAUGAAUAACUCCCCAUUUGACCUAUGUCAUGUUCUGUUGUCUUUACUGGAAAAAGUUUGUAAAUUUGACAUUACUUUGAAUCAUACUUCUGCCCUUGCCUCCAGUGUAGUGCCCACACUGACUGAAUUCCUAGCAGGCUUUGGGGACUGCUGUAAUCUAAGUGACAAGUUGGAGAGUCAAGUGGUUUCUGCAAGUUGGACCGAAGAACCUGUGGCUUUGGUUCAGCGAAUGCUCUUUCGAACAGUGUUGCAUCUCAUGUCAGUAGAUAUUAGUGCUGCAGAGGUGAUGCCAGAAAGUCUUAGAAAAAACUUAACUGAAUUGCUUAGGGCAGCUUUAAAAAUUAGAACUUGCUUAGAAAAGCAGCCUGACCCUUUUGCACCAAGACAAAAGAAAACACUACAGGAGAUCCAGGAGGGCUUUCUGUUUUCACAGUUUCGUCACAGAGCCCUUCUGUUACCUGAGCUUCUGGAGGGAGUUCUGCAGAUCCUGAUCUGUUGUCUUCAGAGUGCAGCUUCAAAUCCCUUCUACUUCAGUCAAGCCAUGGACUUGGUUCAAGAAUUCAUUCAGCAUCAAGGAUUUAGUCUGUUUGAAACAGCCGUUCUUCAAAUGGAAUGGCUAGUUUCAAGGGAUGGUGUUCCUCCUGAGGCCUCAGAACAUCUGACAGCCCUAAUAAAUAGUGUGAUGAAAAUCAUGAACACUGUGAAAAAAGUAAAAUCAGAGCAACUUCAUCACUCAGUGUGUACAAGAAAAAGACACAGACGCUGUGAGUAUUCUCACUUUAUGCAUCAUCACCGAGAUCUCUCUGGACUUCUGGUUUCGGCUUUUAAAAACCAGCUCUCCAGAAACCCCUUUGAAGAGACUGCAGAUGGAGAUGUCCAUUACCCCGAGCGCUGCUGUUGUAUUGCAGUGUGUGCACAUCAGUGCCUGCGCUUACUGCAGCAGGCUUCUCUGGGCAGCACCUGUGUCCAGAUUCUGUCAGGCAUUCACAGCGUUGGAAUAUGCUGUUGUAUGGAUCCCAAAUCUGUAAUCACCCCUUUGCUGCAUGCUUUUAAAUUGCCAGCCCUGAAAAAUUUUCAGCAACAUAUAUUGAAUAUCCUUAACAAACUUAUUUUGGAUCAGUUAGGAGGUGCAGAGAUAUCACAGAAAAUUAAAAAAGCAUCUUGCAACAUUUGUACUGUUGACUCUGACCAGCUGGUCAAGUUAGAAGAGACCCUGCAGGGCAGCUUGUGUGAUGCCCAGCCUUCCUCAGGUUCACUCAGUCCAUCUUACAGAUUUCAAGGGAUCCUGCCCAGCACUGGAUCUGAAGACUUGCUGUGGAAAUGGGAUGCGUUAGAGGCUUAUCAGAACUUUGUUUUUGAAGAAGACAGAUUGCAUAAUAUACAGAUUGCAAAUCACAUUUGUAACUUAAUCCAGAAAGGCAAUGUAGUUAUUCAGUGGAAAUUGUAUAAUUACCUAUUUAACCCUGUGCUCCAGAGAGGAGUUGAACUGGCACAUCAUUGUCAACACCUCGACAUUACUUCGGCUCGAACUCCUAUGUGUAGCCACCUGAAACAGUGUCUGCCACAGGAAGUGCUUCAGGUUUAUUUAAAAACUCUGCCUGUCCUGCUUAAAUCCAGGGUAAUUAGAGAUUUGUUUUUAAGUUGUAAUGGAAUAAAUCAAAUAAUUGAAUUAAAUUACUUAGAUGGUAUUCGAAGUCAUUCCUUAAGAGCAUUUGAAACUCUGAUACUCAGCCUAGGGGAACAACAGAGAGAUGCCUCCACUCCGGGUGUCGAUGGAUCACGUGCUGAAGAGCAGGAGCCCUCAUCCUCAAAUGCAGGGGCCCCCUCCCAUAGCCAGCAGGCUUAUUCAGAUUCUCCUCAGAGUCUCAGCAAAUUUUAUGCUGUUCUCAAAGAAGCUUAUCCAAAGAAGCGGAAGACUGUUCCCCAAGAUGUUCACAUCAAUACCAUAAACCUCUUCCUCUGUGUGGCAUUUUUAUGUGUAAGUAAAGAAGCAGAGUCUGAUAGGGAGUCCGCCAAUGAGUCAGAAGAUACUUCUGGCUACGACAGUACAGCCAGCGAGCCUUUAAGUCAUGCACUACCAUGUUUGUCUCUUGAGAGCCUUGUCUUGCCUUCUCCCGAUCGUAUGCACCAAGCAGCAGACGUGUGGUCCAUGUGUCGUUGGAUUUACAUGUUGAGCUCAGUCUUCCAGAAACAGUUUCAUAGGCUUGGUGGUUUCCAAGUAUGCCAUAAGUUGAUAUUUAUGAUAAUACAGAAAAUAUUCAGAAGUCAUGAAGAUGACCAAGGGAAAAGACAGGGAAAUAUAAAUGUGAAUGAAAACCAAGACUUCAUCAGAACUUCUCAGCAGGUGAAAGCAAUGAAGGAAGAUUUAUCAUCUUUGACUACAACACAGGACCACACACCAUCUGAUCUGCAGGGGUUAAGAAUCAGGGCUGACAGUUUAGGUGCAUCAGAAUCACAACAUAUUUCUUCCAUAAACAUGAACCCCAUUUCACCUACUGAAGCUGCUCCUGAGGAAGCAAAGGUGUUGAGGAGUCGAGAAAGUGAAACCGCACUUCAGAGCAUACGACUUUUGGAAGCUGUUCUGGCCAUUUGUCUUCAUAGUGCUAGAACCAGUCAACAAAAGAUAGAAUUGGAGUUACCUCAUCAGAACUUGUCUGUGGAAAAUAUAUUGUUUGAAAUGAGGGACCAUCUUUCCCAGUCAAAGGUGACUGAGACAGAAUUGGCAAAACCUUUAUUUGAUGCCCUGCUUCGAGUUGCCCUGGGGAACCACUUAGCAGAUUUUGAACAUAACGAAGCUGUGACUGAGAAGAGCCAUCAGUCUGAGGAAGAGUUAUCUUCCCAGCCUGGAGAUUUUUCAGAAGACGCUGAGGAUUCUCAGUGUUGUAGUUUUAAACUUCUGGUUGAAGAAGAAGGUUAUGAAGCAGACAGUGAAAGCAAUCCUGAGGAUGGCGAGACCCGGGAUGACGUGGUAGACUUGCAGCCUGAAGCAGAAGGUUUCAGUGCAUCAGUCAGUACAAAUAACUCAAUUGAAAAACUCACUCAAGGGGAAAUAAUAUAUCCUGAGAUUUGCAUGCUGGAAUUAAAUUUGCUUUCUGCUAGCAAAGCUAAACUUGAUGUGCUUGCCCAUGUAUUUGAGAGUUUUUUGAAAAUUAUCCAGCAGAAAGAAAAGAAUGUUUUUCUACUCAUGCAACAGGGAACUGUGAAAAGUCUUUUAGGAGGCUUCUUGAGUAUUUUAACACAAGCUGAUUCUGAUUUUCAAGCUUGCCAGAAAGUACUUGUGGAUCUCCUGGUGUCUUUGAUGAGCAGAAGAACAUGUUCAGAAGAGCUAACCCUUCUUUUGAGGAUAUUUCUGGAGAAAUCUCCUUGUACAGAAAUUCUUCUUCUGGGACUUCUGAAAAUUGUGGAAAACGAUGUAGCCAUGAGCCCGUCACAGUAUCUGACCUUCCCGUUGCUGCAUACCCCAAGCUUAAGCAAUGGUGUCCCACAGCCAAAGAGUCCUGGGAUUCUGAACAGCAAGGCCAUAGGCUUACUGCGAAGAGCCCGAGCUUCACGGGGCAAGGCGGAGGCCGACAGAGGAGACGUCCCCCAUCGGCUGCUUUCCUCUUGGCACAUAGCCCCAGUCCACUUGCCAUUGCUGGGACAGAACUGCUGGCCACAUCUGUCGGAAGGUUUCAGUGUUUCACUGUGGUUUAAUGUGGAGUGUACCCAAGAAUCUGAGCGUGCCACAGAGGAAGUAAAGAAAAUGAAGAAAAGAAGCAAAUCAUUAAUUGUACAAGACAGCAGUUUUGACGGAACAGAGAGCGAAAGACCAGAAGGUGCAGAGUAUACAAAUCCUGGUGCGAGACUCAUAGAAGAAGGCUGCAUUCAUUUAAUUUCCCUGGGAUCCAAAGCAUUGAUGAUCCAAGUGUGGGCUGAUCCACACAAUGGCACUUUGAUCUUUCGUGUAUGCAUGGAUUCAAAUGAUGAUAUGAAAGCUGUUUUACUAGCACAGGUUGAAUCGCAGGAAAAUAUUUUCCUCCCAAGCAAAUGGCAACAUUUAGUACUCACCUACCUCCAGCAAUCUCAAGGGAAAAAGAACGUACGUGGGAAAAUCUCCACGUGGGUCUCUGGACAGAGGAAGCCUGAUGUCACUUUGGAUUUUAUGCUUCCAAGAAAAACAAGUUUGUCAUCCGAUAGCAAUAGAACAUUUUGCAUGAUAGGCCAUAUCUUAUCAUCUCAAGAAGAGCUUUUGCAGUUGUCUGGAAAAUGGGACCUGGGAAAUUUGCUACUCUUCAAUGGAGCGAAGAUUGGUUCACAAGAAGCCUUUUAUCUGUAUGCCUGUGGACCCAACCACACAUCCAUAAUGCCAUGUAAAUAUGGCAAGCCAGUGAAUGACUGCUCCAAGUAUAUUAAUAAAGAAAUUUUGCGAUGUGAACAAAUCAGAGAACUUUUCAUGACUAAGAAGGAUGUGGACAUUGGUCUCUUAAUUGAAAGUCUUUCUGUUGUUUAUACAACUUAUUGUCCUGCUCAGUAUACCAUUUAUGAGCCAGUGAUCAGACUCAAAGGUCAGGUGAAAACCCAGCUCUCCCAAAGACCCUUCAGUUCGAAAGAAGUCCAUAGCAUCUUGCUGGACCCUCCUCAGCUGAAGAACCUCCAGCCUACUGACCUGAAAACUAUUCAAGGCGUUCUGCACGAGAUUGGCGGAGCUGGUAUAUUUGUUUUUCUCUUUGCUAGGGUUGUUGAACUGAGUGACCGUGAAGAAACUCAGGCAUUGGCUCUGCGCGUCCUGCUCUCCUUAGUUAAAUUCAACCAACAGAGGGCUCAUGAAUUAGAAAACUGUAAUGGGCUUUCUAUGAUUCAUCAGGUGUUAAUCAAACAGAAAUGCAUUGUUGGCUUUCACAUUUUGAAGGCCCUUCUUGAAGGUUGCUGCGGGGAGGACAUUAUCCACAUCGGCGAGAACGGAGAGUUCAGGUUGGAUGUAGAGUCCAAUGCUAUAAUCCAAGAUGUGAAACUGUUGGAGGAGCUCCUGCUUGACUGGAAGAUAUGGAAUAAAGCAGAGCCCGGCGUGUGGGAGACUCUGCUCGCAGCUCUGGAAGCCCUCAUCCGUGCCGAGCACCAGCAGCAGUGGUUCAACACUCAGCAGCUGCUGAAAGCCAGGGCCGUGCACCGCUUCCUGCUGACCUGUCAGGUUCUGCAGGAACACAAAGAGGGGCAGCUUACAUCCAUGCCCCGAGAGGUUUGUAGAUCAUUUGUGAAAAUUAUUGCAGAAGUCCUUGGAUCUCCUCCAGAUUUGGAAUUAUUGACGAUUAUCUUCAAUUUCCUUUUAGCAGUUCACCCUCCUACUAAUACUUACGUUUGUCACAACCCCACAAACUUCUACUUCUCUUUGCACAUAGAUGGCAAGAUCUUUCAGGAGAAAGUGCAGUCAAUCAUGUACCUGCGGCAUUCCAGCAGUGGAGGGAGAUCCCUUGCUAGCCCUGGAUUUGUGGUAAUAAGCCCGUCUGGUUUUACUGCUUCACCACCUGAAGGAUAUAGUUCCUCCACGGUUAUUCCACAACCGAUGGCUGCCCACUUGCCGCGGUCCAGAAGCCUGCCAGCUUUUCCUACUUGUCCACAAAUGCAGCCAUUAAAACGAACUGGAAGUUUGGGUUGUCAUAUUGACAAGUUACAAAACAUAGAUACUUAUGUUGCUCCCCAGCCAGAGACACAGAAUCCUUUGGGGGAGUUUGAUAUGCUGAAAAUAGGCAAAGAGGAUCCUUUCAUCAGUAGCUGUGAGUCUGCCAAAACUGUCUGUGAAGUGGAAGCUACUCUUGCAGCCCAAAACUAUGCCAGUGUUGUCCCAAAAGGAACUCUGGGAUCUCCUGUGGUCAGAGUAGAUCCCAAAGACCUAGGAGCAGAACCCCGGUCAGAGGAUGAUAGCCCUGGGGAUGAGUCCUGCCCACGCCGACCAGACAACCUGAAGGGACUAGCCUCGUUCCAGCGAAGCCACAGCACUAUUGCAAGCCUUGGGUUGGCUUUCCCUUCCCAGAAUGGAUCUGCAGCUGUGGGCCGUUGGCCAAGUCUCAUUGACAGGAGCACUGACGACUGGGAACACUUGGCCUUUUCUCUUGGCUAUGAGUCAAACUACAGCCGUGCUAUAAGUACUCACAGUGUGACUGAAGACUGUUUGGUACCCAUAUGCUGCGGACUCUAUGAACUCUUAAGUGGGGUUCUCCUCAUCCUGCCUGAUGUCAUGCUGGAAGAUGUGAUGGACAGUCUUAUUCAAGCAGACACGCUCCUAGUCCUCGUUAACCACCCGUCGCCAGCUAUACAACAAGGAGUUAUUAAACUGUUACAUGCAUAUUUUAAUAGAGCAUCUAAGGAACAAAAAGAUAAAUUUCUGAAGAAUCGUGGCUUUUCCUUGUUAGCCAACCAAUUGUAUCUUCAUCGGGGGACUCAGGAAUUGUUAGAAUGCUUCAUUGAGAUGUUCUUUGGUCGACGUAUUGGCCUUGAUGAAGAAUUUGAUCUGGAAGAUAUAAAGAACAUGGGACUUUUUCAGAAGUGGACUGUCAUUCCUAUUCUGGGACUAAUAGAGACCUCUCUGUAUGACAACAUACUCUUGCAUAAUGGUCUUUUACUACUUCUCCAAAUUUUAAAUUCUUGUUCUAAGGUAGCAGACAUGUUGUUGGAUAAUGGUCUGCUCUAUGUGUUAUGUAACACAGUAGCAGCCUUGAAUGGAUUAGAAAAAAACCUUCCUGUGAAUGAAUACAGAUUGCUUGCCUGUGACAUACAGCAACUUUUCAUAGCAGUGACGAUUCACGCGUGCAGUUCCUCGGGCCCACAGUAUUUUAGAGUUAUUGAAGACCUUAUUGUGCUCCUUGGAUAUCUUCAAAAUAGCAAAAACAAGAGGACACAGAAUAUGGCUGUUGCACUGCAGCUUAGAGUCCUCCAGGCUGCCAUGGAAUUUAUAAGGAGCACUGCGAAUCAUGAUUCUGAAAACCUUAUAGAUCCAUGCCAGUCACCUUCUGCUCCCCAUCAUAUAGUGUUUCAAAAGCGGAAGAGCAUUGCUGGUUCAAUUCCAAUGAAGGGUUCCAUUAUUCCUCAUCCGCCAAGACGUCAUUUUGGUUCCUAUGGCCAGCUUCCGAUGCCCUUCUCCUUCAACCCAUUAAAUCAAGAGUCCCCCGCCACGUUUCCUCCUGGAUGCGCUACCUGUGUGCUACCCCCCCGAGCAGGUCCUAGAAAAUAUUCCCUGGCUCAAACGGAAUCUCUUCUGACAAAAAUGCGCUCAGUGGCCAGUGACGAGCUCCACACCAUGAUGCAAAGGAGAAUGAGCCAGGAGAACCCGAGCCAGGCCACUGAGGCCGAGCUCGCCCAGAGGCUGCAGAGGCUCACUGUCCUGGCAGUCAACAGGAUUGUGUACCAAGAGCUUAAUUCAGACAUUAUUGACAUCUUAAGAACUCCAGAAAAUGCAACUCAAAGCAAGACCUCAAUUUCUCAGAUUGAAAUUUCUGAGGAAAAUAUACAUCAUGAACAGCCUUCUGUUUUCAAUCCAUUUCAAAGAGAGAUGUUCACCUACCUGGUUGAGGGAUUCAAAGUGUCUAUUGGUUCAAGUAAAGUCAGUGGUUCUAAGCAGCAGUGGACUAAAAUUUUGUCAUCUUGUAAGGACACCUUCCGAAUGCAGCUUGGAAGACUACUUGUGCAUAUUUUAUCACCAGCCCACACUGCACAAGAGAGAAAGCAAAUAUUUGAAAUAGUUCAUGAACCAAAUCAUCAGGAAAUACUUCGAGACUGUCUCAGCCCAGCCCUACAACAUGGAGCCAAGUUAGUUUUGUAUUUGUCAGAGUUGAUACAUAAUCACCAAGAUGAGUUGACUGAAGAAGAACUAGACACAGCAGAACUGCUUAUGAAUGCUUUAAAAUUAUGUGGUCACAAGUGCAUCCCUCCCAGUGCAUCAUCAAAACCAGACCUUAUUAAAAUGAUCAAAGAGGAACAAAAGAAAUAUGAAACUGAAGAAGGUGUGAACAAAGCUUCCUGGCAGAAAACAGUUAAUAAUAAUCAGCAAAGUCUCUUUCAGCGUCUUGAUUCAAAAUCAAAGGAUAUAUCUAAAAUAGCUGCAGAUAUCACACAGGCAGUGUCUCUUUCCCAGGGAAUUGAGAGAAAAAAGGUGAUCCAGCACAUCAGAGGAAUGUACAAAGUUGACCUAAGUGCCAGCAGACACUGGCAGGAGCUCAUUCAGCAGCUGACCCAUGACAGAGCUGUCUGGUAUGACCCCAUCUACUAUCCAACCUCAUGGCAGUUGGAUCCCACAGAAGGGCCAAACCGAGAGAGGAGACGUUUGCAGAGAUGUUACUUAACUAUUCCAAAUAAGUAUCUCCUGAGAGAUAGACAAAAAUCAGAAGAUGUGGCCAAACCGCCACUCUCUUACCUAUUUGAAGACAAAACUCAUUCUUCUUUCUCUUCUACUGUCAAAGACAAAGCUGCAAGUGAAUCUAUAAGAGUAAAUCGAAGGUGUAUCAGCGUUGCACCCUCUAGAGAGACAGCUGGUGAAUUGUUGUUAGGUAAAUGUGGAAUGUAUUUUGUGGAAGAUAAUGCUUCUGAUACAGUCGAAAGUUCGAACCUUCAGGGAGAGUUAGAACCAGCAUCAUUUUCCUGGACAUAUGAGGAAAUUAAAGAAGUUCACAAGCGUUGGUGGCAACUGAGAGAUAAUGCUGUAGAAAUCUUUUUAACAAAUGGCAGGACACUUCUGUUAGCAUUUGAUAACACCAAGGUUCGUGAUGACGUGUACCACAGUAUACUCACAAAUAACCUACCAAACCUUCUGGAAUAUGGCAACAUUACUGCUCUGACAAACCUGUGGUAUACUGGACAGAUUACCAAUUUUGAAUAUUUGACUCACUUAAACAAACAUGCUGGCCGAUCCUUCAAUGAUCUCAUGCAGUAUCCAGUGUUCCCAUUUAUCCUUGCUGACUACAUCAGUGAGACCCUUGACCUCAGUGAUCCCUCUAUCUAUAGAAAUCUCUCUAAGCCUAUAGCUGUGCAGUACAAAGAAAAAGAAGACCGCUAUGUGGACACAUACAAGUAUCUGGAGGAGGAGUACCGCAAAGGAGCCAGGGAGGAUGACCCCAUGCCCCCCGUGCAGCCCUAUCACUACGGCUCCCACUACUCCAACAGUGGCACUGUGCUCCACUUCCUGGUCAGGAUGCCUCCUUUCACCAAGAUGUUCUUGGCCUACCAAGAUCAAAGUUUUGACAUUCCAGACAGAACUUUUCAUUCUACAAAUACAACUUGGCGCCUCUCGUCUUUUGAAUCCAUGACAGACGUGAAGGAGCUUAUCCCAGAGUUUUUCUAUCUUCCCGAGUUCUUAGUUAACCGUGAAGGUUUUGAUUUUGGUGUGCGCCAGAAUGGUGAACGGGUUAAUCAUGUCAACCUUCCCCCGUGGGCUCGAAACGAUCCUCGCCUUUUCAUCCUCAUCCACCGGCAGGCUCUGGAGUCUGACCACGUGUCCCAGAACAUCUGUCACUGGAUUGACUUGGUGUUCGGGUACAAGCAGAAGGGGAAGGCUUCUGUCCAAGCCAUCAAUGUUUUCCAUCCUGCUACAUAUUUUGGAAUGGAUGUCUCUGCAGUUGAAGAUCCAGUUCAGAGACGAGCCCUAGAGACCAUGAUAAAAACCUAUGGGCAGACCCCUCGUCAGCUGUUCCACACGGCCCACGCCAGCAGACCUGGAGCCAAACUCAACAUUGAAGGAGAGCUCCCAGCUGCCGUGGGGCUGUUAGUGCAGUUUGCUUUCAGGGAGACCCGGGAGCAGGUCAAAGAAAUUACUUGUCCGAGCCCUUUGUCGUGGAUCAGAGGCUUAAAGUGGGGGGAGUACGUGGGCUCCCCGAGUGCUCCUGUGCCUGUGGUCUGCUUCAGCCAGCCCCACGGAGAACGAUUUGGUUCUCUCCAGGCGCUGCCUACCAGGGCAAUCUGCGGUUUGUCCCGAAAUUUCUGUCUUCUGAUGACUUACAGCAAGGAACAAGGUGUGAGAAGCAUGAACAGUACUGACAUUCAGUGGUCGGCCAUCCUGAGUUGGGGAUAUGCUGAUAAUGUCUUAAGGUUGAAGAGUAAGCAAAGCGAGCCGCCAGUGAACUUCAUACAGAGCUCACAGCAGUACCAGGUGACUAGUUGUGCGUGGGUGCCCGACGGUUGCCAGCUCUUCACCGGGAGCAAGUGCGGUGUGAUCACGGCUUACACGAACAGGUUCACCAGCAGCACGCCAUCAGAGAUAGAAAUGGAGACUCAGAUACACCUCUAUGGGCACACGGAAGAGGUCACCAGCUUGUUUGUCUGCAAACCGUACAGCAUAAUGAUAAGCGUGAGCAAAGAUGGGACCUGCAUCCUGUGGGACUUAAACAGGCUGUGCUAUGUACAAAGUCUGGCAGGACACAAAAGCCCUGUCACGGCCGUCUCUGCCAGUGAAACCUCGGGGGACAUUGCUACUGUGUGUGACUCAGCUGGCGGAGGUAGUGACCUCAGGCUCUGGACAGUGAAUGGGGACCUCGUGGGACACGUGCACUGCAGGGAGAUCAUUUGCUCGGUGGCCUUCUCCAAUCAACCUGAGGGGAUAUCCAUCAAUGUCAUUGCUGGGGGACUAGAAAACGGAAUUGUGAGGCUGUGGAGCACGUGGGACCUGAAGCCCGUGAGAGAAAUCACAUUUCCCAAAUCAAAUAAGCCUAUUGUGAGCCUCACGUUUUCUUGUGACGGCCACCACUUGUACACUGCAAACAGCGACGGGACGGUGAUCGCCUGGUGUCGCAAGGACCAGCAGCGCAUGAAGCAGCCCAUGUUCUACUCCUUCCUCAGCAGCUAUGCCGCAGGGUGAGCGAGGAAGCUGUGCGUUCUCCAGAGCACCUGACUCCAGGGGGAUGGUCAGCUUCGCCAGGGCAGGAAGGAGGCCGAGCCCGUAGAAAUGGAUGACCAGACAGGUCCUUUGAAUCACCACAGCAUCUGUCCGUCUGCACAGAAUUCCAAAGCCUCCCCAGGCCCUGAGAGGCAAGCCCUGUCCUCCUCUAGUGAUGCUGUGGAGUUGUGUGGUGCGCACCAGCCAACCAGCCAAGGCCCGCGUGGUCUACUGAAUCAUGUUCCUAAAGUGUUUUCCCACAGAGGUAUUCUGAAGAAAAGAUCAGGGUCACUGGGAUUUCAAUUGACUAGCUAAUUAUUUACACAACAUACUCUAAAAAUUAGAUUUGAAAAGCUUUCUGCCUUGAGAUACCACCUCCCCACACACACUCCAAAACAUGGAGAGAGAAAAAGAUAAGGUUUUUCAGGACUAAGAAUUGCUUUCUUGGAGAAGCAGAUGAUUCAGUAGGUGCCUCUGCACCAAGCGUUCUGUGGACUAACUGAAUACUAAAAGUAAACUACUAAUGAAUCUCAACUUCUGACCAUUUUUGCUGGUUGCCACCUUAGGUCAAGGGAGAAACAGAAUUUUUCAAAAGCCAUGAACAAGAAUAUGUUCAUCUUCAAUUUCAGACACAUUCUGUUUCUUCAUGAAAUUCUUACUUAAAAUCCAUAACACUAGAUAUUGAACAUCCUUAGCUGAGUCACUAAGGAUCACACACAGUGGUGACUUUUUUAAUGUCUGCCAUUAGCAAAGCCAUUUACAGAGCUUGGAACACCCACCCAGCUUGUGGUGGAAAGCCUCUGCGAUGCACGUGCGCACAGGCCUCCGUCCAGCUGGGGCAGAGCACUCAACCAGUGCACGUGGACCAUCUUCCUCGGAACACAACUUCAGAAGAAAAGGAGACAGGUUAUGUCCUUGAGACAAGCAAAGUGACUCUAGGAAGCCAUUUUCACUGUGUUCUGAAUAACCUCUGCCAUCUGAAAAUUCUAGGAGCAGGAUAAAGCUGUUCCACAGCAGACUUACAUACCAUGGAGAUGCAGUCCUAAACAUUUUGGAGUAGUUCAUCUCCGCCACGCAGUGACAGCUAUGUUUUACUUGGGGUGCUGCUUUAGUGGCUUCAAAAACUGCAAAAAUAGGCUCAAAAUAUGUUACCAUGGGUUAAAAAUCUAUAUUCCUGCCUGAGAAUUACUUGCACAUUUGUUCAUAUGAUGUUUACAGAACUGCUUUUGUAACUUCCAGACUUUCUAAAACAUUCUGCUUAAAAACUAUAAAACACAAUUCCAGAGUCUCUGCUGUGGAACUGGGCACAAGGGGAGGCUCGUGGCCAUGCGCACCUUCAGCCUUGAACUUAGCGGGGUACACUGCAGUCAUGGUGUGCACGGGCCCAGUAUCUGUCCUGCGGUCCACGUGAGUGCAGAGAUGAGACUAUUCCUAUUCACAUUGAAGUGAUCUGCUUUGUUUAAAGAAAUUUGCAGCUAUUGUCUAGCUUCCAUUUUUUUACUGAGAACUUUAAAUUACUCUCCUAUUAGAACAGGGUUGCUACUCAGUCUUUUUUUUUUUUAGUGCUGGAUUUCAUCAUUUAUCUAAAGAGGAAAUAUGCAAAAUAACUGGUCUUGUUAAGAGUGCAAUAUUCUAUUUUUAUGUAAAAAUAAAAAUUAAUUGGGGGGGAUUAUUUAUUCAGCAUGAAACCUAAUAUGUAUAUGUUGAACACACUUCACAAUGUGCAUGUUGUAGCAAACAUUCCUGUACAUUACCACAAGCUCUGCUACCUUUGUAUACACUGCCACUUCAUUUCGGGAAUAAAUUUCAUAAAAAUGGAUUUAAAUACC